AUGCACCCCCUAGCACAAGUCCCCCCCGGCCUCGUCCACGGCCUCGAAUACCAGAGCUUCGAAGUAAAAGCCACCGUCGCCGUCUUCCUCGCCAUCGCCCUCAUCAACUCCCUCGAACUCAUCGCCCUCGUCUGCUGGACCUUCCGCCAACCGCGCGGCCUCUACUUCUGGUCCAUCCUCAUCUCCUCCUUCGGCAUAAUCCCCUACGGGGUUGGUGCGAUCUUGCAUUACUACAGGAUCGUCCCCCUGCCGGUGGGGCUGGCGAUUGCAUACGUGGGCUUUGUGAGCAUUGUACCACUGCAGAGUGUCGUGCUGUACUCGAGAUUGCAUCUCGUGUUUUACAACGAGAAGUUCCUCAAGGUUCUUCUGGGCGUUAUCAUCACGGUGUCCGUUCUCCUCCUCAUCCCAACCACAAUCACAACAUGGGGCUCCGCACGCGUCCGCUCCAGCGGCUGGAACUACGCGUACAACGUCGUCGAGCGCCUGCAGGUAACCGGCUUCUGCGUGAUGGAAUUCUCCCUCUCCUCGCUGUACAUCUGGUCCACGGUCAAACUGCUCCGAUUGUCUCCGGAGGGCAGAGACCGCGUCAAGCGGAUCAUGUACGAGCUCCUGGCCAUCAGCUUCGCGGUCAUGGCGCUCGACGUCGCGCUCAUUGUUAUCGAGUAUAUGAAUCUGUAUUAUCUGCAGGUAUGUCUUAAGGUUAUGGUUUAUAGUAUCAAGCUCAAGUUGGAGUUUGCGGUGCUGGGGAGACUCAUUGCCGUUACGAAGUCCCGGGGGGUGAAGCAGAGGACGAGGGUGCAGAGGUCCGAGUUUAUUGGGCAGCCCGUGGAUUUGGGGCAGUUUACGGGGGACACGGUUGCGACGACGGAGAUGGAGACGGAUGGGACGGGGACGCUGCCGAGUGUUGGCGGGGGAGGAGGGUGA